AUGCUCCCGGGGGGGGGGGUCUCCGGGGUGCCCUUCCCAGCCCCACCUCCGGGGGAUGAAUUUUCAGUUUUGCGAGCGCCGCGCGUUUCCGGCCCCUGUGCUCUACUGGGCCUCGUUGCGGUGGUAUUGGGGCACAUUUUCGCACACAAGCUAACCCUUGUAGGUGUUGGGUUGUUCCGGUGUUUUGGGUUGUGCCGGCCUGGUGGCGUCGCUGCCGCCGUCUGUCACAACUUUGGCCGGCUGGUGGUGCCGGGGUGGGGCGGCAGUUUUCUGGUCGAAGCAGGCGGCCCCUACAAUAGCCGCGCCUCUGCUAUUUUGGUGUUCUGCUGGUUUUUAUUCUUCUUUUGGUCGUUCGCAGCCUCUGUGUCGUUGUGCUGCUCCGCCUUGGUGGGGUCAGGGGGUGUCCCGGGCCGUCCCGGACUUGUCCGUGUGGCGGGGUCGGACCCCCACCCCUGUAUUUUUUUGGGGGGUGCCAGGCGCGCCAUCUGGUUUUUGCCGUCGUGA